AUGGGCCCAAACUUCACAGGCCAUCCCGCUGGGAUGGGACAUCCUGGUGUCGCCGGCCACCCCAUGGGCCCCGGCAUGCCUCCCAACUCUGCACAAGGUGCGACUGGUGGUGGAAUGCCUCAGCAGUUCGCCGGAGCUCACAUGGCCGUCGGCCCAGGAGGACAAGUAAACCCUGCCCUGAUGGGAGCCAUGCCACCGGGUGCUAAUCCUCAUGUUCAUGCAUUGCAGCACUUGAAUCCCGCUCAACAGCAAAUCUUCCAGCAGCAACACCAGCAGCAGCUGCAGAAUCAAUACAACAACCCCAGCGCGAUGGCUGCCAUGCGCCAGCAACAACUUCUCCAACACCAGCAGCAACAGGCGAAGCAAGCAUUUUUUGCCCAGCAGGCCAUUCAAGGCAACAUCCCAGUCGGCGUCAACGGGAUGCCCAUUGGGAUGCAGCAACUAGGCCAACUCAAUGCGCAACAGCUCCAACAGCUUCGGCAAUCGGGAAGAAUGGGCCCUGGUCAGCAUCACCAAGCUCAGGCCCUCAUGGCUCAUCACAUGGCGCUCCAGCAGCAGCAACAACAACAACAGCAGCAGCAGCAGCAGCAGCAGCAGCAACAGCAAGCUGCCCAGAGCCAGCAAAUGUCUGGCAAUCCUGGACAACCAAUGGGCAUGAAUGCCCAGGCCAUGGCCAACCUACAACAACAGCAACAAGCUCAUAUGGGUGCUGCUGGCCAGAAUCAGAUGGGCCAGCCGCAACAAAGCAGCCAGCCAGGCCAAGGUCAAUCGCAGCCGCAGCCUCAACCUCAACCUCAGUCUCAACCUCCGCAGCCCCAACCACAACAGUCCAGCCAACCGCAAGCCCAGCAAACACCACAACAAGGCUCCCAAGCUGGUACUCCGGCACCCAGCGGCCAGCAGACUCCGGCUCAGACGCCUGCGCCGCCUACACCAUCACAACCAGCUCCGCAGCAAGGACAAAAUCCACAACAGCAGCAACCCCAAGGACAGCAGCCACAGAAUCAACCUCAGCAGCCUGGCCAGCCACAAUCUCAGCAGGCUGCUGGCCCAGCACAGUCACAGAUGAGUGCUGCCACAGCAGCCGCCGCGCAACAGAUGGCCAUGUCGAACUCCCUUUUUCAUCAGCAGCGAAGAGAGAAUCUGAAGGGGCAGUGUCUAUUGAAGUUGAUGCAGUUUUCUGAACACCUGAGUGGGUUUCCUGGACAGAGGGCCAAGGACGACCUCUCGUACUGGAACGGCUUUGUCGGACGGUUCUUCUCCAACAAUGGUGUCCUGCGUCAUUCAGUACUAAUAAAUGACGCUGAUGAGCCAACCGACAAGCAAUACGAGAUAGCCUUCCCGGCCAUUGCCCGAUACUUUCACACACACUUCAGUAGCGGUGUCAGGAGCAUGCAGUUGAUAAUGGACAAGGGGCUGACCGAUCGAUCUUUGCCUGGCGAAGGCCAUUGUAUCGAGAACCAAAGAGCCAGCCUGGUCUACUGGUUUGAAGCGGGCUCACAUCUCGUCGCUACCGGUACACUGCGAGUGCAAUUCGACAAUGAACAGCGCAUUGAGCUUUUCGAGUUCGUCACGACUGGACAUGAGGAAUACAUCUCAAGGAGGCAGGUCAUUGAAGCCGCCAAACCCGCUCACAUGUGGAUCAAAGAUUGGCACAGGGUCAACUCUCAGGAUGGCAAAACUUCUCCGGAGAUGUCCAAGAAGAGCAAGGCGAAGCAGCUCAAGUCACCCCAGACCCAACCACCUGAAGUUCUGGUAGAUCUACCCGACUCUGCUGUCAACAGCAAAGGGGUGACCGAGGCGGUACACCAAUUCCUCGAGAUUGUCGAAGUAAUGGGUCAAAUGAACCCACUCUUUGGAUUCUGCCAAGGAAACCCUGGUGUCGGGCCGUAUGCUGCACUGGAGCAGUACGUCGGAACUUAUAUCAACGGAAAUCCCCAGGCCGUCAAUGGUCCGCAAAUACCCCAAGGCGGGCCUAGAACACCUAGCUUUGGUCAAUUCCCGAUGGGGGCGAGCCCUGCAGCGGCGCACAUGAACCUCCCCGGAUCACCGCACGUCGGUAGCCCAGCUCCUGGACAAAUGCAAGCUCCAGGUAUGCAGCUGCAGCCUAGCCAGCAAGGAACCAGCUCAAGUGGGCCGAGCGCCAACACCUCGCCGGCGUCUAACAAACGCAGACGCCCGUCUGGUGUUAAAAUCGAGGAUGAUGGGAGUGUAGCGGGUACGCCAGGUGGUGCUCAGGUCAACGGCGUGGGCAGAGGGAAACCGCCGACUCCUCGGAUGCCGAAGCGGGUCAAGGGAAAUCCUUCAUGA